GCAGCAACGUAUACAUUAGAUUGACUCUCGUGUCUUUCUUUGCCUCGUCGCCCGCCAGCAAGCAAGCAUCAGCCUCUCUCAGGGCGGACAAGAGAAAGCGAGCGCAAGCGCACGUACCGAGAGGCUUGAUGCUGCGUCCCUAAGCCCGCUCGCCCGUCUGCCUGCCUGCUUGCUGCCAGCAUCCAACCCAAACCCACCGACGCGGCGCCCUGACCGAUGCGCUCGCGAAAGCAGACGCCUCCGUCUUCCUCACCACCACUCGACGUUGAAAAGGCAGCAGCAACAGCAUCAGCAGCAGCAGCUCUAGACUCGUCGUCUACCACGCAGGUCCAUAGCGCCGCGUCCGAGCUCCACCGCCGCCAGUCGGGCCACCGCACAACCGCCAGCGAAAGCGACACGAUGCCCGCCCCGUCGCCGCAGGGCGCGCGCACCUCGGCCCAGGCCGCACGCCUCAAUCCCCUCUGGUACCAGUACGCGUGUGCGACGGUCGUCGCGGCCGUCGUGCUGGGCAACCUGCUCCGCUGGGCCUUCCUCGACUGGGCAGACCCGUACCACUGCGGCGCGCUGCUCACAGAGGGCAAGUGGCUCGACCCGGGCACGUACAAGAACUGGCAGCCAGAAGGGUGCUACCAGAAGCCUGCCGGCGCUGCCGGCCUCGCGUCGUGUCUCUCGUCCCCCGGCGCCCACUCGCCCGGCGCGCGCGAUCGCCGCAUCUUGUUCGUCGGCGACUCGUCGGUCCGCCAGCUCUUCUUCGCCACGGUGCGCUCGGUCAACGCCAACGCGACCAACAAGGUCCACAACCCGUACGACAAGACGUGGGAGGUCAACGGCGGCGAAAAGCACACGAACCGCGUCGCGGUGUUUGACGCAAAGGGUUCGCCGGCGCCCAAGAGCGGCGCGGCGGCGCUGACCAUUGAUUUCUGGUGGGACCCCUUCCUCAACUCGACCGAGACGACCCAGUUCCUCUCCACCACCCCCGCAAACCCCACUUCGCUGCUCGUCAUGGGCUCGGGACUGCACUACCUCCGGCACCCGAGCUCUGGUGGGCUCCCCGCGUGGACAACGAUGACCCGCAAGACGUUUGACCAGCUGCGCGCCAACCAGGGCACGCCGCGCGCGCGCAUCCUCCAGCCAUGGGACUCGAUGAAGACGACGCACUUUAGCCUCUUCCCCGGCGUGCUCCCCGACAACAGCAACAUCGAGGCGCGCCAGGCCUCGCACGACUUUGGCCUCUCGGACGCCGUCAUCUUCCUGCCUGUCAUGAAGCCGGUUGAGGACAAGCUCACCGCCGAGCGCAAGGUGAUCAGCCACGAGAACGUCGACCUCAUGAACGCCUCGCUUGAGGGCCGGCUCAACAAGGAGAACCCGCCCCCGAUCGUCGUGCCCUCCGUCUUCAACGACCUGCUGAUUGACAACCACACCACCGACGGCCUCCACUACUCGGACACGAUUGUCAACAAGCAGGCCGAGCUGCUGCUCGGCUGGCGCUGCAACGACGCGCUGCGCUACAAGGGCCAGCAGGGCACCUGCUGUGCGCGAUACAAGACUAUCCGCCCCCUCCAGGCUCUGAUCCUCCUCUUCCUCGGCGUAUGGGCACCCGUGACCUACGUCUUUGCGUCCAAGAUUCCCGCUGGUUCCUUUGUCCACCGCCUCAUUCCCUCGACCAAGGCCGCAUCGGCAAUCAGCACCUUUGGCCUGGCCAUGGUCUACCUCUUCCUGGCUGACCGCACGACCAUCUUCAACAAGGAGCAGAAGGACUACGACGCGUACAUUUUCGGCUCGCUCACUGUCCUCGCACUCGUUGCCGGUCUUUUGACCAUCAAGAACAAGGGCAAGGAUCUGGGCUUCCUUAACCGCGACCUCACGGACGAGUGGAAGGGCUGGAUGCAGAUCGCCAUCCUAAUUUACCACUUCUUCGGCGCGUCCAAGAUCUCGGGCAUCUACAACUCGAUCCGCAUUCUCGUCGCGUCCUACCUCUUCAUGACGGGAUACGGCCACUUCUUCUUCUACUACAAGAAGGCCGACUUUGGCUUCCAGCGUAUCGCCAUGGUGCUCGUCCGCCUCAACCUCCUGUCGGUCGUGCUUCCCUACACCAUGAACACCGACUAUGCGUUCUACUACUUUGCGCCUCUGGUCUCGUACUGGUACAUCAUCAUCUACUCGGUCAUGGCCGUUGGGAGCAAGUACAACGACCGCCCGGCGUUCCUCGUCUCCAAGAUGCUUUUCUUUGCCGCCCUCCACUCGGUCUUCAUGCACUACACCUUCCUCAUGGCCGGCAUCUUCAAGGUCCUCAACCUCAUCUUCCGCAUCCAGUGGUCGGCCAAGGAGUGGUCUUUCCGAGUCAGCCUCGACCUCUACAUUGUCUGGGGCGGCAUGUUUGCCGCCUACGCCUACAUCAAGGCCAAGGAGUGGGGCAUCCCCGAGCGCGCCUGGUUCAACAAUGCGCGCCUCGCCGCCGUCGGCGCCAGCGUGCUCGGCUUUGUGUGGUACUUCUGGUUCGAGCUCCAGCUCCACAAGUUCAAGUACAACCAGUACAACGCGAUGGUGUCGAUCGUGCCCAUCCUGUCGUACAUUGUGCUGCGCAAUGCCUCGGCCCUUUUGCGCCAGUGCUCGUCUGAGCUCUUCUGCUUCGUGGGCACCAUCUCGCUCGAGACGUUUAUCCUCCAGUUCCACGGCUGGCUCGCGUCCGACACCAAGGCCAUCCUCCUCGUGCUCCCCGCGACCAAGUGGCGUCCCGUCAACCUCGUCAUCUCGUCCGUGUGCUUCAUCUGGCUUUCGUACAAGGUGUCGGGGGCAACGGGCGACAUUACAGAGUGGUCGGUCGGCAAGAAGAAGGCACCGACCCUCCCCCCACCUGCCACGGCACCUACCAGCGAGGCGGCCAAGGACGGCGCCGCGGCGCCAGAAAGCAUCCCCCUCAUGGACCGCAACGGCGAGGCGACCGAGGACAAGGAGGCUGACGAGCCCAGCGCCGGCACGUCGUCAGGCGCGUACACGCACACCCGCAAGUGGUCAGACUACACGGCCCUGUCUUUCCUCACAAACGUCUUCUCCCUCGCCGAGCGUCACAACAGCGUCAAGCUCGGCCUCGUGCUUGUCGCCCUCUGGAUCUUCAACUGGCUCUACUGAGCGUGUACAUGACGACAGCGUAGCGAGUGUCUCCCAUACACUGUACAUUUUCGGGAUAUGCGUAGAGUAGAAGUGCAGAUGCAAUAGAGUAUUCGUG